AAACACAAGAGUCGCCGAUGAUCGUCUCCAAGUUUUGGUUUCUAAACAUCUUCCUCUCUCUAGACUCUAGAGUAAGGUUCCCACUGCCAUCGACGGAGGUGGUUUUUGCUAGCCCCUCUGCCGUCGUCAACCCUCGCCGCCCAUGGUCACCCCCACCUCCACCACUGUUCUUCCUGUCCCUGCUCCUGUUCUCUCCCUUUUGAACCCUAAAUCUUCAAAAACCUCAGAACCCACUGCCCACGAUUACCCUCUACACACUCCACAGAUCACAGAUCUCAGAAUGGAAGGUGCAAACCCGAAGCCCAAAACACCCGUGAACCCACUUUCCCAACCUCACCCCUAUACCAUAGAGGAGGAACCUCCCGAUUCUGUGUCCUCAUCUCCUGAUGCCUGUUGCUUCAAUCUGCCAAAGUCCAGUGUGCAGAAAGCUCCCCAGUCUAGAACCUGUAUAGAUGGGUGCUGGAAGCCUCCACCAAUUGAUGUUAUUAAAUUAAAUACAGAUGGGGCUGCUAGUACCAGUUCUGGUCAAGCCGGAGCUGGGGAUGGUCUUAGCUUUGCUGUUGCUAGAGGCUUUACAAAGAUCAUUGUGGAAACUGAUUCAAAAGUUGCUGUUACUUUGCUUAAUUCUGACCGUAAUAGUUUUCAUCCAUUUGCUACUCUCCUUGAUGAUUGCAGGGCUCUCCUACGCCAACCUCCUGAAGUUCAGCUGCGUCACAUCUACCGCGAAGCCAACACUGCUGCGGAUCUUUUGGCUAAGAUGGGAACUACUUUAGUUUCUUCUGUUGUUGUUUUGGAACAGUGUCCUGCUGAUAUGUAUAAUAUGCUUUAUCUUGAUGUAAUGGGGAACUCGCUUCCCAGAAACAUUGUUACCUAAUGCUAUUCCCAUCUUUUUCUACCUAAAAAAAAAAAAAACAGCUUAACACUUCUGUCACUGUGUUGUUUACUUUUAGAAAGUCGUCAAUAGGUGUGCACUUGAUCAAUGGGUUUCUUCAACAGAACAACUUUUACGUGUGCCAUGUAAGGAACUGGAUCAAAGCAAUAUAUCAAUUUUUGGUGCAUCUUGGAAGCUUUUAAACAUCAUUUCUUUUACAUGGUAUAUAUUCGUAUUUUGCUGCUUUCUUUUUUCUAUGCAAUGGCACAACUAAAUCUCAUUAGCAGUGCACUAGAUGAGGGUUAUAUAUCCAUUUCUCGCAGUACUUGGUGUGUACUUUAAUUCAUUAUUCCUUUUGCUUUUCUUGUAAAUUUUCUCUUUCUGUUGGUUAAUAUUGUUUGAUGGAUGCCAUAUAAGAACCAUGGACGAGUGAUGCAACCAAGAGUGUAAGUUUGCAGCAGUUUAAUGCAAUAUGGUGGAAAUUCCAACUUAUUUUCUAUUGAGUACAUCAUCUACUUGCCUACUUUUGGAUGUAAUUCAACAUUUGGCUCACUUCUAGGACUAAUGCCAUUAUAAUCGUCAUCAUCACAAUGAUAGAGAAACUACUUGUGAUGCUACAGGGGUAGACAAAUUGUUGUUCUACAUUUGACAUGGGAUGGCCACAGAUACCUCUUCUAAGAUAUUUAGUUAGUUUCUUGGCAUGAUAUAUUUUGUUCUUUUAAUCUUUUCUCACUAAAAAUGUCAACAUUUGUGAUGCUGUUCCAAUGCUGUCUAACUCUAUCCAUCCAUAGCAGUGAUGUAGGCCCUUUGGGUUAGUAUUUGUCAAGCUGAACAGUCCUCACCAGUGAAUGAACCCCAAUUGACACU